CAUGGGCAAUUGGCACUUUCACUAAAAUAGACUAAGAUCGACCAGGAGACAAUAUUCUUGAUUACAAACCAUCAGAUGCCACUCGCAAAAUCCCAGUUGCCCAACUUUAACUUUUUUGAUUCAGUACCAUGAACGAUAAAAUCUACAAUAGACGAAACAAAGUACAACAAACACAGUAAAAAGGAGUGAAAAAGAUAAAGGAGAAACCCUGCAAGAUCAGUAUAUCACCGUCAUAUAGAUACUCGAUUUAUCAGCGCCUAAACAACCAGAUUUAAAACCCAGCAGAUGGCAGAUCACUCAUUUGCCUUUCCCAUUCAUACACACUUUAUUGAACCAUCUCUUGCUUGCAAUAUCCAACUACCCAAUGCCUCCUUUCCCAAGUUUUCUCAUAUUCUCGAUCCCUUCUCUCUUUUUCAUUCUCUCUUGGAUCCAAGAAAGCUAUGAUUCCUCAAGAUAUAUAUAAUAAAAGGCAGGCAAAAGAGGUAAACUCUUCUUUUGCAAAUACACAAAGAUUGCUGUUUCUCUUGCGUAGUAUAUCUUAGCUUCUUCUCCAUCAUUCUCUUGCAAUAACCCAGAACAAAAUAUACAACCAAAGUAUAGAAGAAGCAACUAGGAGAGAUGGGUGUUAGCUCUCUUCGGCAUUCUGCAUUAUUUUUCCUGUUUCUCUUCUUUAGUUCAGGUUCAAGUGUUCCAAAAAAUCCUCCAUUGGAAGCAAUCCAACAAAGCAAAAGACAAGUGAUUCAUGAAAACCAUAUGCUUUUCUCAUCUGCAGUGUCUACGACCCAGCUUGAUUCGAUUCCUGUCGUAAAUCCAAGUCCAACUGUAAUGACUCCCACACUUGUCUUCCCAGCAUCCCCACCACCACCAACCACCAUGACAACCCCCACCACUCCCACCACAACCCCGAUGACUCCCACUACAAUCCCGCCGACUCCCCCUAUCCCGCCGACUCCCACUACAACCCCGACGACUCCCACUACAACCCCAACAACUCCCUCUACAACUCCAACAACUCCCUCCACAACCCCUGCAUCAUCAGGUGGUGGUGGUAGUGGUAGUUGGUGUAUAGCAAGCCAAUCAGCUUCAGAAACUGCCCUGCAGGUAGCUCUUGAUUAUGCUUGUGGCUAUGGAGGUGCAGACUGUUCACCAAUUCAACCAAGUGGAAGCUGUUAUAACCCAAACACUCUCCGGGAUCACGCUUCAUAUGCCUUCAAUAACUAUUACCAGAAGAACCCAGCUCCAACCAGCUGUAGUUUUGGAGGAACAGCACAACUGACCACCACUGACCCCAGUAGUGGUAGCUGUCGCUAUUCAUCAUCCACAGCAUCAACCAGCUCGAGUACACCACCUUACCAGACUCCACCAUCGACACCGACAAGUAUGACAACGCCACCAUCCCCGACCACCCCGCUUAUAGAUACUCCAGGUGGAUCAACAAUUUAUGGUUCGCCAUCAGAGUCCCCCAACGCAGCCAACUCUAUCUCAUCUUGCAUGCUUCUGCUAUCCACCACACUCUUGGGUUCACUACUUGCAGCAAUUUACCUCUGAAAUGACAGGAAGUUCAGAUUAUUCUAUCUGCAAUUAGAUGGCAAUUCAUUCAUUUGCCAGCAACCCACAUAAAGUCCAAGGAGGCACUGAGAAUUGAAGUGAGCUAUCAUGUUCUCUCAAGGCCUUCUUCUCACCAUUUAAAUUAUUGUCAAACUUCAUCUAUGUAUACCUCUUAGUUGACUAUUAAGCCUGAGAGAAAAGUCAGAAAGCAUAGAAAUUUUUUAGGUACUUGUACUUGUAGACAUAUAGGUCCUUCAUCUACAGUAUUAGCACAAUAAAUUAUUAGCUAAUUCAACCA